UUUACACUGUAGAGACAACAAGCUCUUGUCCAGGCUCCUAGUGAGCGUGCAGCUGAAGGACACAUGCACAUUUUAUAUUUGUGUGACCCUCAUUUCAGGAGUUCACCCAGUAGUAAACCCUGAGAGCAACGGCUGUCUUGGAGCACGGGAUUCGAUAGCACGGCACUGCCCGGAACAGUGGAGAAGCUUCAGGCACAGGCACUGCUCUGAGAGAGGCUGAAGCAAACACUUCCCCACAGCCCGAUUUGGCCCCGCAUCAUCUGGCCUGGUUUGCUCACAGCGACCCUGCAGCAUGGACCAACCGCUGCUGGAAAGGGAGAGUGGGACCACUACAGCUCUGCCCAGGCACAGGGGCUUGGAGUCGAGGUGGGCAUUGUCUGGGGGAGCUCCUGGGGCUGGCGGUGCGUGGUGCCCGUCCCAGUGCUUGCUCCAAUGUCCGUUCUGGUGCCCGGUGCCCACCCCAGGACCUGAUGCCUCUCGGUGCCCAGCGCGCAUCCAGGUGACCAUCCCAAUGCUCUCUCCGAUGCUUGGCCCCGUGCCUACGCCAGCGCUCGCUCCGAUUCCCCUCCCGUUGCCAAUGCCCACCCCAGUGCCCUUCCUGGUGCCGAUGCCGCCCGAGCAGCGGGGACUGGGGGGCGGUGGCCGCGCGGAGGCGGGGCCGUGCCGGGGAGGGUCCGGUGCCUCUGGGCGUGGCCACGCCGGUGCCGGGGCCCGUGUCGGGGCUCGGGACGCUCCUGUUUGCGGGGCGGUGGUGCAGGGUGCGAAGCUGCGGGAGUCGAUGCUGACCGUCGAACUCGCCGCCGCUGGAACCAUGUCCCAGCCCGAGGCGGAGCGGGCAGGCGGCGGCUCCGCGAUGGAGCCGGGGCUCCCCGGUAGAGUACCGCACCGUAACCGCGGCCGGAGGCCCUCGGGACGAGACUCCCGCCGCUCUUCCUCCCGUUUCAACCGGCGGAGUUCGGUGGAGCUGGAGCUGCUGGGCUACCCGGGGCCGAGCGUGGGGUCACCGCCGCCGCCGGACGCCGCGGCUCACCGUGAGCCGGAGGAGACGGAGAGUGAGGAGGUGGAGACGCGCGCCGUGGCCACUUCUCCCGACGGCCGAUUCCUCAAGUUCGACAUCGAGAUUGGCCGGGGCUCCUUCAAAACCGUCUACAAGGGGCUGGACACGGAGACAACAGUGGAGGUGGCGUGGUGCGAGCUGCAGACACGGAAGCUGUCCAAGACAGAGCGGCAGCGCUUCAGUGAGGAGGUGGAGAUGCUGAAGGGGCUGCAGCAUCCCAACAUUGUUCGCUUCUACGACUCCUGGAAGUCGUCUGUCAAAGGGCAGAUCUGCAUUGUGCUGGUCACUGAGCUAAUGACAUCUGGCACCCUUAAGACCUACCUGAAGCGGUUCAAGGAGAUGAAGCUGAAAGUACUGCAGCGCUGGAGCCGUCAGAUCCUCAAAGGGCUCCACUUCCUGCACACUCGCUCACCCCCCAUCAUCCACCGUGACCUCAAGUGUGACAACAUCUUCAUCACUGGCCCCACCGGCUCUGUCAAGAUUGGGGACCUGGGGCUGGCCACGCUCAAGCGUGCCUCCUUCGCCAAGAGUGUGAUAGGAACGCCUGAAUUCAUGGCCCCAGAGAUGUAUGAGGAGAAGUACGAUGAAGCGGUGGACGUGUACGCCUUCGGGAUGUGCAUGUUGGAGAUGGCCACCUCGGAGUACCCCUACUCGGAGUGCCAGAACGCUGCCCAGAUCUACCGCAAGGUCACCUCAGGCCUGAAGCCCAGCAGCUUCUACAAGGUGAAGGUGCCUGAGCUGAAGGAGAUCAUUGAGGGCUGCAUUCGCAUGGAUAAGGAUGAAAGAUACACCAUCCAGGACUUGCUGGAGCACUCCUUCUUCCAGGAGGACACGGGGGUGCAUGUGGAGCUGGCUGAGGAGGAUGACGGCAUUAAGUCAGGGCUCAAACUGUGGCUGCGGAUGGAUGACACAAAGAAACUGCACGGCAAGUACAAGGACAACAAUGCCAUCGAGUUUCUCUUCGAGCUCUACAAGGAUGUGGCAGAGGAGGUGGCUCAGGAAAUGGUCGUCCUGGGCUUUGUCUGCGAGGCUGACUACAAGCUGGUGGCAAAGGCAGUGCGGGACCGCGUGGUCGCCAUCAAGCGCAAGCGGGAGAAACUGAAACGUGUGCAGGACGUGGUGCCACAGGCUGAGCUGGGGCAGGUGCCGGGCGUCCUGCAGCUGUUGGAGGAUCUCAAGUCCCCACUGGCACCAGGCAUCUCUGCACCUGCCCCAGCCACCACUGGCUCCAGGGACUCUGUUUUCAGCAGCACCUUCCCACCAGAGCCUGAGGAACCUGAGGCUGACCAGCACUUUGUGUACCGGCACACGAGCUACUCCUCGGCCACCUCCGACUGCGAAACAGAUGGCUACUUGAGCUCCUCUGGCUUUCUCGAAUCCCCAGAUGUGUCUCAUCGCAGUGCUUCAGUGGGGACUCCCACUAGCCCCACACCCACCCGCCCCACACGUUGCUUCCCCACGAGCAUUGCAGUGCAGCUUCCCACUGAGCGCCUGCCCACAGCCAGUGGCUUCUCUUCUCCAGUGGACAGCUAUGCCUCAGAUGUAGCAUCGGGCAUGAGCGACGGUUGUGAGGGGCUCUCUGCUGGCGAGCAGAGCAUCAAACUGCCAGCCAAGCGGGCAGUGGGGAAGCUGCAGCGACGCAGAGCCCGGUCCCGGCUGCGCAUCACCAAUAUCUCCGACAAGAAUGAUCGGGUGGUGGAGUGCCAGCUGCAGACCUACAACAACAAGAUGGUGACGUUCAAGUUCGAUCUGGACGGAGACAACCCAGAGGAAAUCGCAGCUGUCAUGGUCCACAAUGAGUUCAUCCUCAAGUCGGAGCAGGACAGCUUCAUCCACCGCAUUCAGGACAUCAUCCACCGUGUGGAGACUCUGCUGCGCAAGGAUGGGCAGAGCGCAUCUGAGCUGCCUGAGAGCCCCGAGGCUGAGCAUGUCACCAGCCGUCCUCAGGCAGAGCUGCAGCUGCAGGAGCUCUCACAUUCCAUCUCGUCCUCCUCACUCAGUGACCUGGGUUGCACCAGCCCCAGCACCUCGCUCCAGUCACCCGUCCUGCCAGCACCAAGCAGCUUCCCAUUGGAGAAUGACCUCUGCAGCCCUGCAGAGCCACUGCUGGGCUCCCCCACAGGCUCAGCGCAGCCCUGGCCUCUCAUCUCAUCAUCUCCAUCCUGGAUGGCAGCAUCACCGGUGCUUCUACAGACACCCCCAGGCUCCUCAGGAAUGUCUGUUCCCCCUGCUCUGCCAGUCCCCUCAUCCCCCAUCCCCAGUGGACCCAGCAGUCCCAUGAGCCCCCCCGUGACCAGCACACCCUGGUCCCCGACCACACCCCUCCUGUCCCUGGCCAAUGUCUUUUCCCUGGCAGUGAUGAGCGUGGCCCACACGCUACUGCCUGCUGUCUCCUCCAUUGCCAGCUCAGGUGGGCACAUCUACCCCCCACUGCUUCCUCGGCCACAGAAUCUCGUCCUUGGGCCCCCACGCUUCGUUUACCCUGACCCUGCCAGUAUGGCAAAAUCCUCCCUGUCUUGUAGCGGGCCUCUGGGGGCUGAUGUCCCUGCUAUGGGGGGGCCCGUGCCAUUCUCUCCUCCGACAACAGUUCCUGUGUGCCCCAUGGGAGGUCCCUUGACGAUGCCAAGCACAGUCAUGCCAGGGAGCCUGGAAAACAGCACAGUGCCGCUUGUCUCCCUCAAGCCCAGUCACCCACUCAUCGUUUCGGAGUCGCCAGCAUCCAGUGUGCCCAAGGCCCGGCUGUCACCCAUCAAUGAAGAAGCCAAGCCCCAGAUCCUGGGCCGCUUCCAGGUGACACCAUCCAAGGAGCCAGCUGUCACAUCCCCAGUGCUGGGCAGCAGUGAGAGCAAGCAGCAUGGCACAGAGUUGGCGGUGAGCAGCUCCCUGCUGCCCACCACCUCUGGCACAGGGAGCAGCACGAGCAGCAACUCUGACUCAGAGCUGGAGAUGGCAGUGCAGAACCCUGAGGAGGAGGCAGUAGCUGAGGAGGGGACAGUGGUGCCAGCAGAGAGUGACCGGGAGGGCCCUGGGGAGGAGAGUGCUCCACAGACGGUGCUGAGCCAGGUAUGGCUGAGCUACUCCCGCAGCUUGUCCUAUGUGAGCAGUGAUGACACUGAGAGCGAGGAUGAGGAGAUCUGGGAGGAGCUGCAGACCCUGCGUCAAAAGCACUUGGCUGAAGUACAGCUGCUGCAGAGCACCCAGAAGAAGGAGAUUGAGGAACUGUACCUGCGGAUGGGGAAGCAGCCCCCACUGGGCAUCGUCUCCCCUGCUGCCAUGCUCUCCAGCCGCCAGCGCCGCCUCUCCAAGGGCAGUUUCAACCCUUCCCGCCGCAACAGCCUGCAGCGCCUGGAGUUGGCACAGCCCCCAGGAAUCAUGCGCCGGAAUUCACUGAGUGGCAGCAGCACUGGCUCUCAGGAGCAGCGGCUGAGCAAGGGAGUGACAUUUGCAGAUGAUUUCAGCUGGAUGGUAAGGGGUACAGGGUUGAUAACAGCCCUGCGGCACUCCCAGCAUGCUCCAGCUCAUCAGCACCUCUCUCCCACAGUAGCCAGCUGGACAGGAGUUACUUCAUGAACUACCUCAACCAUGUGCCUGCUGCCACGUAGGGGGUGAGAGAGCCUCUGCACCGUCUGGAAGGAUGGUGGGCACCCACCUCAGGAAGCCGGCCCUUUGCCUUUCUGCACCCUAUCAAGAUUUCACUGUUGGCACCUGCUGCUUCUGCACCAGAGGGGAGGGCUGUCCCCACACUUGUCCUGAGUGUGUUCCAGCCCUGUCUCAUCCCUGUGGCACUCAGCCAUUUGCUUGAGCUUGGCCCCAGAAGCAGGAGGGAUGAGUGCUGACACUACUCAUAGCAUCACUCUGCUGCACUUUGCUCCUGGCUCCCAGAGCAGAACCGAACACCCCUUGCAUCCUGUUCACCCCUGCCACUGCGCUGUCCUCCAACCAUCCUUCAGUCCACGCCCACACCCCAGGGCCACCUCACAGCUUCACCUCUGGCUCCCCAGCUGCUGUUGAUGGCUCAAAGUGCCACUUUCCUCUUGUAAGCUGCUUUGCAGCCAGGACCAAAGCUGGCUCCAGAGCAAGAUGAUGGCAUCCUCAGCCCCCCAAAAAACGACAGCCCAGUGCAUUUUAUUAGAAACUGAUGUCUAGAAAGUGUUUUCAUAAAUACAGAUUAAAUGUCAAGCACGUCUGUCUGUGUCUAUGCAGUUGGGGUUCAUGCAAAUUUGAGUCAGAUGAUAAAAU